UGUAUAUGAAAAGUGAUCCAGGGAUGUGGAAGCACAUGAAAGUUGGGAUUUACGUACUGUGUAUAAUGUAAUUGUGGAGCGAGACUUUUUGCAUGGCGCGCAUUGUCAUUUCCAUGUUCCAAAUAAAAUGUUAAAAAAGGAGAAGUGUAAAAGUGGAGAAGGCGGCGAGGUAGUCUAUGCAGUCACGUGACCUUUGCGCUGCUAGGUGCGGCUGCUCGUGUGUGACUUUCUCCUUUAUGGCGGAGUGGCCAGCGCUGUGUUUUGUAUUCGUAUACUUGUUUUAUGUCUUGCGGAGCUUUUCUUCCACUCUGUAGUGGCUUUCGACCCUAUAGACCCUACGCUUGGCUCGUGUUUUCCGGUGAAGUCAUGGCAGACCGUGGCGUGGAUGUAUCCGCUCUGUCGAAGGAGGUUCGAGAGGAAUUGGCGGAGUUGGACUUGGAGCUGUCGGAAGGUGACAUCACGCAGAAAGGCUUUGAGAAGAAGAGAGCCAAGCUGCUGGCUUCCUGCUUCCCCAAUACAGAUAUGACUUUGUCAGAUGUGCAGCUUUCCGGGGGCCACAGCGGUGAUGCCACGUCCAGUCCCGAGGCCCCGGGCCCCUCCACAUCUUCAGCCUCCAAACACCAUCGUGCACACCGGAGUGGAGGGGCCAGAGAUGAGCGCUACCGAUCAGACAUUCACACAGAAGCUGUUCAGGCAGCACUCGCCAAGCACAGAGAGGAGAAAAUGCCCCUGCCCAUGCCAACCAAGCGACGCUCAGCUUUUGUCCAGUCUCCUGGUGAUGCUUGCACACCUCCAGACACGUCUUCUGCAUCAGAGGAUGAAGGCUCACUACGCAGAAAGACCGCCCUCAGUGCCGCACUGGCCCAGGGUCUGCAGAGUCCAGAUUACUGGAUCAACCGUUCUAUUCAAAGCUCCUCCACAUCCUCAUCGGCAUCAUCCACCCUCUCCCACGGAGAGCCAAAAAUCCAGCCGCAGCCCUCACCUCAGCCCGCUUCUUUACUGGCCGAUGUAGAAUCCCACACGCAGAUGGAGAACAGUGUCCCUCCUGAUUUGACAUCAUCUUCCACUGCUCAGGACAGAGGCUUGAGAAUGGACCUGCCUCCUGCCAUCAGGGGCAUGAGCCGUGGGCAGAGCCGCUCUAGCAUGCUGGAUACUGCUGACGGUGUGCCUGUCAACAGCAGAGUGUCCACUAAGAUUCAACAGUUGCUAAAUACGCUCAAACGGCCCAAAAGACCACCACUCAGUGAAUUCUUCCUAGACGACUCUGAGGAGAUCAUCGAAAUUCCCCAGCCAGAUCCCAAUACCCCAAAGCCAGAGGGCCGUCAAAUCAUCCCGGUAAAAGGGGAGCCCCUCGGUGUUGUGAGUAACUGGCCUCCUGCUCUACAAGCAGCCCUAGCCCGCUGGGGGGCCACCCAGGCCAAGAGCCCUGCCCUCACAGCACUGGACAUCACAGGAAAACCCCUCUACACGCUCACAUAUGGCAAACUGUGGAGUCGCAGUCUGAAACUGGCUUACACACUACUGAAUAAACUUGGCACAAAGACAGAACCUGUGCUACAACCUGGAGAUCGAGUGGCGCUGGUGUACCCAAACAGUGACCCUGGUAUGUUCUGGGUUGCAUUCUAUGGCUGUUUGUUGGCUGAGGUCAUCCCUGUGCCUAUUGAAGUACCGCUUUCGAAACAAGAUGCAGGCAGCCAGCAGAUUGGCUUCCUCUUGGGCAGCUGUGGGGUCAGUCUGGCACUGACCAGCGAAGUAUGUCUCAAAGGACUGCCCAAGACACCAAAUGGGGAGAUCAUUCAGUUCAAAGGAUGGCCAAGAAUGAAAUGGGUGGUGACGGACACCAAGUACCUGACCAAACCUUCCAAAGACUGGCAACCGCAUAUUCCCACUGCCAACACAGACACUGCCUACAUUGAGUACAAAGCCAGUAAGGAGGGCACCGUGAUGGGUGUGGCUGUUUCCAAGCUCUCCAUGUUGACUCACUGUCAAGCCCUGACGCAGGCGUGUAACUACUGUGAAGGUGAGACUCUGGUUAAUGUUUUAGACUGCAAAAAGCAUAUGGGUUUAUGGCAUGGGGUCUUAACGAGUGUCAUGAAUAGAAUACACACCAUUACUGUGCCCUAUUCAGUCAUGAAAGCCUGCCCCAUGUCCUGGGUUCAGAGGGUACACAUUCACAAAGCCCGCGUGGCCUUAGUAAAAUGCCGUGACCUUCACUGGGCAAUGAUGGCCCACAAAGACCAGAGGGACACCAAUCUGUCUUCCAUACGAAUGCUUAUAGUAGCUGAUGGAGCAAACCCAUGGUCAGUCUCAUCAUGUGAUGCCUUCCUGAAUGUUUUCCAGUCUCAUGGUCUAAAGCCUGAGGUCAUCUGUCCGUGUGCCACAUCACCCGAGGCCUUGACGGUGGCCAUUCGCAGACCCGGUGCACGAGGAGCUCCUUUGCCAGCCAGGGCCAUCCUCUCCAUGGGCGGGCUAAGCCACGGUGUGAUCAGAGUGAACACUGAGGACAAGAAUUCAGCUCUCACUGUUCAAGAUGUCGGCCACAUCAUGCCUGGAGCUCUGAUGUGCAUUGUGAAACCAGAUGGCUCUCCUCAGCUGUGCAAAACGGAUGAGAUAGGAGAGAUUCUGAUCAGUUCUCGAGCAGGGGGCACCAUGUACUAUGGCCUUCCUGGGGUCACCAAGAACACUUUUGAGGUGAUCCCUGUCAACCAAUCUGGAGCGCCUUUAAGAGUAGUUCCCUUCACCCGAACGGGUUUGCUUGGAUUUGUUGGCCCAGGCAGCCUGGUAUUUGUCGUGGGAAAGAUUGAGGGGUUGCUGAUGGUGAGCCGACGACGCCACAGCACCGACGACCUGGUGGCCACAGCCCUCGCUGUGGAGCCGGUCAAAACAGUUUACAGGGGCAGGAUCACCGUGUUUUCAGUGACUGUGUUUUAUGAUGAGAGAAUUGUGAUCGUGGCUGAGCAACGGCCUGAUGCCAGUGAGGAGGACAGCUUCCAAUGGAUGAGUCGAGUUCUGCAGGCCAUUGACAGCAUCCACCAGGUGGGCCUUUACUGCCUUGCCCUGGUGCCUGCCAACACCCUCCCAAAGACGCCUCUUGGUGGCAUCCAUACCUGCGAAACCAAGCAGAACUUCCUCGAAGGAAACCUGCACCCCUGCAACAUCCUCAUGUGCCCCCACACCUGUGUCACCAACGUGCCCAAACCAAGGCAGAAACAGCCUGUGGACGUUGGUCCAGCAUCGAUGCUAGUGGGCAACCUCGUGGCGGGAAAACGUAUUGCCCAGGCUACAGGCAGAGACCUGGGUGUUGUGGAGGAUCAGAUUUUGAUUCGGAAGCACCAGUUCUUAUCUGAUGCACUCCAAUCGAGAGCCCAGACCAACCCGGAACAUAUUCUCUAUGUCCUAUUGAAUGCAAAGGGGGUGGCGGUGUGCACGGCCACCUGUGCUCAGCUGCACAAGCGGGCAGAGAAAAUUACAGCCACCCUUAUCGAGCGAGGAGGCCUCAACGCUGGUGACAAUGUUGUACUUCUUUAUCCUCCAGGCGUUGACCUGAUAGCUGCCUUCUAUGGCUGCCUUUAUGCUGGUGUCAUCCCCGUGACCGUAAGACCCCCCCACCCACAGAAUCUGACCGCCACUCUUCCCACUGUCCGCAUGAUUAUUGAUGUGAGCAAAGCAGCCUGCAUCCUCACCACUCAGCCUCUCAUGAGGAUCCUCAGGUCCCGCGAAGCUGCUGCAAGCGUCAAUGUCAAGACUUGGCCCACUAUCAUUGAUACAGAUGAUCUACCCAGAAAGCGGCCACCACAUAUCUAUAAGCCCCCUACAGCUGAGAUGUUGGCUUACCUGGACUUCAGUGUGUCUACCACAGGCAUGUUAACUGGGGUAAAGAUGUCUCAUGCUGCAGUCAGCACUCUGUGUCGUUCCAUCAAGCUGCAGUGUGAACUCUACUCCUCACGUCAAAUAGCCAUCUGCCUGGACCCGUACUGCGGCCUAGGCUUUGUCCUGUGGUGCCUCUCCAGUGUUUACUCAGGUCACCAGUCAAUCCUCAUCCCUCCCCUAGAGCUGGAGAGCUCGCUUCCACUGUGGCUGAGCACACUCAGUCAGUACAAGAUCCGAGACACCUUCUGCUCCUACUCUGUCAUGGAGCUCUGCACCAAAGGCCUCGGAACCCAGACAGAGAUGCUGAAGGCGCGUGGUGUAAAUCUGUCAUGCGUGCGCAGCUGUGUGGUGAUAGCUGAGGAGCGGCCUCGACUUUCCCUCACACAGUCCUUCUCCAAGCUCUUCAAAGAUGUCGGCCUAUCCUCACGAGCCGUCAGCACUGCUUUUGGCUCCAGGGUCAACCUUGCCAUCUGUAUGCAGGGCACAGCUGGACCAGACCCCUCCACUGUCUAUGUGGACAUGAAGUCCCUGCGUCAUGACAGGGUAAGACUGGUGGAGAAGGGUGCGCCACAAAGUCUUCCGCUCAUGGAAUCAGGAACAAUACUACCUGGGUUGCGAGUCAUUAUUGUCAACCCAGAGACCCGAGGACCGCUGGGAGACUCCCAUCUCGGUGAGAUCUGGGUGAACAGUCCCCAUAGUGCAAGUGGCUACUACACCAUCUACGGUGAGGAGAGCCUCCAGGCGGAUCACUUUAAUACCCGACUCAGCUUUGGGGAUCCCAACACACUGUGGGCCAAAACAGGCUACCUGGGCUUCAUAAAGAGAACGGAGCUGUUGGAUGCUAGUGGAGAUCGUCAUGAUGCCUUAUUUGUAGUGGGCUCCCUGGAUGAGACGCUGGAGCUGAGGGGCUUACGUUACCACCCCAUCGACAUUGAAACGUCCGUGUCUCGGGCUCACCGUAGCAUCUCAGAGAGCGCCGUGUUUACAUGGACCAAUUUACUUGUGGUGGUGGCCGAGUUGAGCGGCUCCGAGCAGGAAGCCUUGGACCUGGUGCCCCUUAUUACCAACGUGGUUCUUGAGGAGCACCACCUCAUUGUGGGCGUAGUGGUCAUCGUGGACCCGGGUGUGAUCCCCAUCAACUCCCGAGGAGAGAAGCAGCGGAUGCACCUGCGCGACUCCUUCCUGGCCGACCAGCUGGACCCCAUCUACGUGGCCUACAACAUGUGAUCAGAGGGAGGAGAGCGUUUCCGAGCAAUCAAAGCUUGCUUCGUCCGUCUCCCUCAAUGUUCUUGUCAGACAUCUUUUUUUUUUUUUAAUUCCUGGCACUUUUCUCAAUUCACUGUUGUUUUCCAUGUGAACAUUCCAUCGAGAUAUUUUUUUGUUAUUACCCCCUACACAUGCAAAAAAAGACCCUCACUUGUAACUAGUAGGGUGGCACACCAACCGGACCUACUGAGAAGAAGUGGAACUUUCCUCCUCCUCCUUGCAAUUUUUCGUCCUCGCACCUUGGAUUCCACUUCCUGCCCAGCCUUCCUCAAAGGGAACACAUUCCCGUCCAUAUCCACUGCUGUGCCAGCGCCAAACCUCUGUUUCAGCAUUAACACGAGCCAUCAGUAGGCUCCGUACUGUCACAUGCACAAGGGCAGCGCAUGCUUCAAAAUGUCCUGAAAAUGCACUUGAAUGACAGUAAGGAUAAGUUUAAAUGAGGGCUAAUUGUUUGGUGACCAUUUUGUCGCUCUUUUUAAUUGUCCUAAAAAAAAAAACCUGCCUGUUGGCAUUAGCAAACAAUAUUUAGCUACGGCUUUAUUUGAUAGCACAAAUUGAGGGAAUUUCCACUCAAAUCUUGCAAAAAAGGACCUAGGACAGUUAGUUGCACGUUGAGGCCCCAUCCAGACCUACUUGGAUAUUUACAAAUAUCUUGAGUCCAUAAACGUAGGUGGGUUUUUUUGUCCUUAAGGUGUUGCAAUCAGUCACUGAUGGUGUAGUGGUACACUCACCUGACUUUGGUGCUGGUUGCGUGGGUUCAGUUCCCACUCUUUGACAGUGUGAGUGGUUGUCCAUGUCUAUGUGUGCCUUGCAACUGACUUGUGACUAGUUCAGGUUUAUGGAGUUGGUCUUUCGCCCAAAGCCAAGUGAUUCCGGUGGUAAGUAAAUAAAAUAAAAGUAAAUAAGUUCCGGUGCACUGUGAGCCUAACCAACGUGAGCAGUGUUGAGAAUGAAUGGCUGUUACAAUCUCCCUAGUCGAACAAACAAAUACAUUUAUUUUUGUCAAUUAGUGUAGUAAAACUAUGUACUGUAUGCGGUCCAUGCAGCAGACCCCAAGCAUAUGCCCCCCCCCAUGCCAACAACCUAGAUGAACUUUUGAAUAAGUGGUGGUUAGCAUAUGCUAACUUUGUGUUAUCCAUCCAUCCAUUUUCUUCGCUGGUUAUCCUCACGAGGGUUGGUGGAGUGCUGGAGCCUAUCCCAGCUGUCAACGGGCAGGAGGCAGGGUACACCCUGAACUGGUUGGCAGGGUACAUGGAGACAAACAGCUGCACUCACAAUCACACCUUGGGGCAAUUUAGAGUGUCCAACUAAUGUUGCAUGUUUUUGGGAUGUGGGAGGAAACCGGAGUGCCCAGAGAAAACCCACGCAGGCACGUGGAGAACAUGGGCUGGGAUCGAACCUCAGAACUGUGAGGCCUACGCGUUACCAUCUGAUCCGCCAUGCUACCUAACUCCCUGUUACGUAACACUAAUUUAUGCCCGCUGUGCAGCUCUUCUUGGAUUUUGGAAUUGUUAUAAUGGUACUUCCUUGUAGUUCAGCAGCUGGACUCCUCCCAUAACUUAAAAUGUUGGAUCUACAGCCAUCCGAGCUGACCAAUCAUUGGCGCGGACACUUGGUGUGGCAACGGGAUUAUACAAAUUAGCUGCACUGAUAUGUCACAGUUCUGCAUAAUUCAGAAAGGGUUCCUCAAAGAAAAUUUUGGAAAACAGACACCCAUUAAAACAUUUACGUGGUUAUGUAAUUUCACAUUUGGUGUUUUUUUUUGUGGACUAAUAUUUCUUGAAAUGCUGGAGCUAGAGAAAAAUAGUUUUUGUCAUUCAUUUUCUGUACUACUUAUCCUCACUAGGGUAGUGGGAGUGUUGUUACCUAUCCCAGCUAUUGUUAGGUGAGAGUCAGGGUAAACCCUGAACUGUUUGCCAGCCAGUCGCAAGGCACCUAUAAACAAACAACCGUUCACGCUCACAUUCACACCUAUGGACAAUUUAGCGUCUUCAAUUAACCUACCAUGGAUGGUUUGGGAAGUGGGAGGAAACCGAAGUACUUCGAGAAAACCCUUGUGAGCACUGGGAGAACAUGCUAACUCCACACAGGCUAGGCCGGAUUUGUAUCCUCAGAACACUGAGACAAAUGUGCUAACUAGUCGUACAGUUUUCUGCCGUUUUUAUUUUUCUUCUUUUCAAUAUUCCUAUAUGUUUUUCCCUUUAUGGCUUGUGGUUGACCUGAUCUGGUGCAUUCGAAAGCAGGCCCCUUCAACUGGUCUCAGCCAUAGUUACCUGUGGACAUGAAGUCACCACCCACUUUUGAAGAAGUCAAAACCAAGCACCUGUAUACUUCUGUUAAAAUAGCCUUGUCAACAGCAUGUCAUCCUUUUCAACAAAUGUAAGGAAAACAGCAUGGGAAAAGUGCAUUUCAGACGACCUCAGCACUAACCAAGGAGAAACAGGAGCACUGCAUGUAUUAAAGCUGAAUAAAUUUUUUCAUUGACCAAGAAAACAAAAACAAAAAAGUGACACUUGAUACCCUAUUUCAUCCUUGGUGUAAAAUAGCAAUUUCAAGUUUCAAGAUCAAAUUUGAAUCUUUUCUCUGACACCGGUAGAGAAUGACUGCUCUCAAAAAGCCCAUGACAAGUUCAUUGGUCGUCAGAGUUGUUUUAGCGUAUGAACGCUCACCCACCAGCACUGGCAUCCUGAUCAAAAGAGUCGAUUCAAAAAGAUUAGUUGUCAUAUUUUUAGACAAAACUAAUCUGAUUACACAUCAAAAAGUCAUCACAGAAAAAGUAAUUUGUUUUUAGGCAAUUUUCUUCUGUUUUUAAUUAUACACAACAAAAAUGCCAGUGGAAUAACAUUUUUUGUACAAAUUAGCUUGAAACUGACAACUGGGGAAAAACACUAUUUUAUGUGUAAUCCGAUUAGUUUUGACUUGAGAUAAAACAUAUUCAUGGUAAGAUUAGAAGUUUUUGCGGUGUUUAUAGAAGUCUGAGCUGUGCCGUUUCACAAUGAAGCUCCAUUCUAACUUGGAGUUCUAUCAAGUGGAUAUCAGCGAGCCAGGCCAGGACAACUUUUCCCUUAUUGAAACCCGCAGAACUAUUCAUUUGAAGCUCCUUGAAUCAUAUUGGAACUAUUGUGCCACUCUAUUCAUUGUUCGCUCGUGUAUCGUCCAUUGUCGCAUAGUCCCAAGUUUUCUGAAUGUCUUACACUGAAAACAAGGUAGGAACAGUGGAGUGGUAGUUAUAAGUGAGUCAUAUAGAGAAAUGUUAAAGUUGUAGGGGAACAAUGAGAGUAAGGAUGUAUGUGUAUUCUGUAUUUUAGGUCAGAUACUGUUAUCACUGGUGUUAUUAUCGUCGGGUACAUGCAAAUGGUCAGUGAGACUUGACUAAUCUUUCAUACUUGACAGCAUUUUUCUGCUUUUAUUUGCAAACAAACAAAAAAUACUUUAUUUUAGAUGAUUCUAGCAGGAACACCAUGCACUUUCCCCAAAACUGUUGUGUUUGUGUGUUUACAUGUUUAAUUGGCUUGUAUGGUGGUUUAUUUUUUAAAUCUAUAUUAUUCAAUUGAAAUGUAUCUUUUUUUAAAUGUUUUUUUAUGUCACCACCACUGUAACCUUUUCAACCCAACUAUGGGAUUUAAUAUACAUUAUAGAGUUUUGUCAUUGCUCCUUUUUCUUUGUGUUAGCAACAUCACAUUGCAUUGAGUGACAUGUAUGCAAGAGGCAUGUGAGAAACGCUCAUGGAUAAGUGAAGCAUUUGAGCCAGUUUUGUGACUUUUCUUCUGUUGUAACUCUUACAAGUUUUUAAUAAAGUUUUAUAAUUUGUGAGCUUUUUUCGGUGCUAUUCUAUUAGGGAUGUGAAAAUGUCCUCCUCAAGUGUCUGGAUGCUCAUCACUUACUAUUCAUUGCUCUGUUCCGGAAAGGAUUACCAUUCAUUCCAUAACUCCCAAGUAAUUUCAAGCACAAGCUGAUGUGAGCAUGUGUGUGCUUUUCAUGUAUGUGGCCACAAUGUAUACCUCAACAAUGACUUGUCUCUUCACUAUGCAUCGACCAGCUGCAAGCAACACUUCGCUCAAUGGUAUGAUUUCGCCGAAGCUGUCUUGCAAAAAAAAAAAAAAAACUCACUGGAUGUAUCUCAUUUUAAAU